AUGGAAGUGCUCAAUGAGCUUUUUCCCAAGAUGGGCUUAGAGUGUCGUGGAUCGAUCGUUUUCAUCCAUCUCGCGUGUUGUGACGGGGACCCAAAUUCCUUUGAGGUCGAGCACCUCAAGUCUGCCGAACCUCAAGACCGUCUAUGUUCCGGAGUGGUUCACCUAUGGUCUGGGCUGGUUCAAAGAGAGAGGGGGGGUGAGUUGGAGUAUAGCGAUCCAACGACAAUGAGCUAUCGGGUUGCAUCCGCUCCAUACGUCCACCGUAUAAUGGAGCAUCCCGGUAUCCGAAUUGUGCUGUAUCGUGAUCAGGAUCCGGAGUCGGUCGAGCAGACUGUUCGACCUGGGAAUUGGCGGGAAGUAGGCCGCGAUACUAUAGAGGCGGAAGAGCAUCGAGAUAGGAUGAUCUCGCGUAUAGGUCCGCAUCUGUACGUUUUCGAGCCAAUUGCCGAGUCCACUGCGGCUGUGCCAGUGGCCGGUCCCAGUGCUAAGAUGCAAAUACGAGUUUGA